CGCUUCCGCGCCUGCUCAGUGGCGCGGCGCUCACCCAGCGCGGAGCUGUCACCGCCGCCGGGCUGCUCCSUCCCCGCCGCRRCGAUGGAGCGCGACCCCGCCGCGCYGCCGGCACCGCUCUCGCCCAGAUCCAGUCUUGCUUAUGGAAUUGUUGAAGGUCUGAGAGCAAUGAAAAAACCCUUUUGCUUGCAAAAAAGGAACAUUUUGGUCCACGUGUAAGCGUGGCACUUGAUGACUCACCUGCAAGAUUUCUUGGCUGCCAUCUGAAGAAUAAAGUGCUUUUCACCCUGUACUUCUGUAGCACUAUGACUAACUGCAAAGGCAGAUCUUCCAUCUCCAAAACAAAUAGCAAAGUCCAUGACAGAGAAGGCUUUGUGAACUGGACCAUAAAUCUUAAUACAAUUCAGUCUGAUAAAUUUCUGAGCCUGCUUUUAAGCAUGGUUCCUGUUGUUUACCAAAUAAACCAAGAGGAAAGGCACAAAAAGGUGAAUGGUGUCUGGCAAGAUGGGUUGCAACCAGCAGGACACAAUUUUAACGUCAGAUCCGAGCAGCACACGGAAUACCAUCACUUCUCAGAAGCAARCUUUCAUGGUAGCAAUGGACACAGCCCUUCUAGCUGUAGCCCUAAAUAUGAUGAUUUUUCCAGUUAUGACUAUUGUGAUGGAAUGGGGGCUUCAGAAACAGAUGCCAUGCUGCAGGAUGACGCUCUGUCGAGUGACAGUAAUGAAGAUGUCAUCGUGGAAGGARGUAGAAAACAGCCCAAAGAAUCCAGUAGUAUUAUGGCACUACAGAUACUCGUGCCUUUUUUGCUGGCAGGGUUUGGAACUGUUUCUGCUGGCAUGGUUUUGGAUAUUGUACAGCACUGGGAUGUGUUCAAGAAUGUUACUGAAGUAUUUAUCUUGGUUCCUGCACUUCUUGGUCUCAAAGGAAAUUUGGAAAUGACCUUGGCAUCCAGGCUGUCAACUGCUGUAAACGUUGGAAAAAUGGAUUCUCCCAUUGAGAAAUGGAACCUAAUAAUUGGCAAUUUGGCCUUAAAACAGGUYCAGGCAACAGUAGUUGGUUUUCUGGCAGCAGUGGCAGCAGUGAUAUUGGGCUGGAUUCCAGAGGGCAAAUAUCGCUUUGAUCACUCAGUCCUUUUGUGUUCCAGCAGUGUAGCAACUGCCUUCAUAGCUUCUCUUYUACAAGGAGUUAUAAUGGUUGGAGUUAUUGUUGGAUCUAAGAAGACUGGCAUUAAUCCUGACAACGUUGCCACUCCUAUAGCAGCAAGUUUUGGAGAUCUCAUCACCCUGGCUAUCCUGGCCUGGAUAAGUCAGGGUCUGUACACUUGCCUUGAGACAUAUUCCUACGUAUCUCCUUUGGUUGGUGCCUUUUUUUUGGCUCUGACUCCGAUGGGGAUUGUCAUAGCUGCCAAACACCCAGCUACCAGAACUGUCCUCCAUUCAGGAUGGGAGCCUGUCAUCACUGCCAUGAUCAUAAGCAGUAUUGGUGGCCUUAUUCUGGACACAACUGUAUCUGACCCUAACUUGGUUGGAAUUGUUGUUUAUACCCCAGUAAUUAAUGGUAUUGGUGGCAAUCUAGUMGCUAUUCAAGCUAGCAGAAUUUCUACCUACCUCCAUUUACACAGCAUUCCUGGAGAGCUGCCAGAGGAAGCCAAGGGCUGCUAUUACCCCUGCAGAACAUACAGUGGUACAGGAGUAAAUAACAAAUCAGCCCAAGUUCUGCUUCUUUUGGUGAUCCCUGGACACCUGAUUUUCUUGUACACCAUCCACCUGAUGAAAAGUGGGCACACUUCCUUAACCCCCAUCUUUAUAGCAGUGUAUUUGUUUGCAGCUCUGCUCCAGGUGUUCACUCUGUUAUGGAUUGCUGACUGGAUGGUGCACCACUUCUGGAAGAAAGGAAAGGACCCUGACAGUUUUUCUAUCCCAUAUCUCACUGCACUGGGAGAUCUGCUUGGCACUGCCUUAUUAGCAAUAGGGUUUCAUUUUCUGUGGCUCAUAGGGGACAGGGAUGGUGAUGUUGGUGACUAAUUGUUCCAAAGGAUGCAAUGACUUUUCCUGGAAUAUUGGCAAGACCAAUCACUCCACUUGAGGGUCCUCAAAGUGUUUGUUCCAUUUCGUCUGAGUAAAUCUGGACAUUAAACAGCCUUAAUAAAUUCAGUUUGGUUUGCUUUUAAAAACUUGGAUGGACCUAGGAUACCYGAGACCUUUAUUCUGAAACCAAGGUGAACUGCUGGUAGUUGAAGAGAUCUGAGUAGACACAGUGAAGGGCAGAUCAAUCCUUUAUCAAGUUUCCAAUUUUUUUUUUUUUAAGAUCUGAUCUUUUAAAAGAACAGUUCUUUACCUUUAUUGCGAACCAGAGCCAUCUCUAAUUGCUCACUGAGUGGUGGUGAAGAAGAGGAUGAGACCAAAAGUGGGUACAUUUUUUUCCAUUUUGCCACAAGAGAGGAUAACAAACCUCAGUUUAAUUCAUUUUCACAGACAUUGCCUCAAGAGCUGAUGAUUUGUUCUUUCCUUGCAAUUUCAGUUCUGUAGCUCUCUGACCAUUGCAGAUGAUACCAAUAAUGACUAUUAUGGUCCACACACUUUGUCACAGGCUUUAUUUUCUGUAUGGGAGGAUGACCAUCAGCGUUUAUAAAAUCAGACACUUGAAAAGUGUCYGCAGGACUGAGCCCGUUUUCUUUGUGCUAAAUGAGCAAUCUGAUUAUUUCCCUGUUGCGAUUUGUUAGAAUGAAAAUAGUAAAAGCAAACAAUAAUGUGACACUGACCUGGUCAAAAACAAUGGGUGAGUGAUUAAAACUCCUCGUGUUGGGAAGUGUAUGUUCAUUUAGCAGCUGAAAAGAUACUUAAUUAACUGAUAUUAAUGGUGUUGUCAUGGCCAGUAUCCUGAUUUUAAUGAAGUAUUUCAAGGUGUUGCCUUCACUGUAUAUACUGAUCCCUGCUUGGAACUCGCAAUGUAAAAGAUGAAGUUUCUGUUCUAGACACUUAGGAAGUUACAUAAACUUCUGGAAUUCCAGAGCUACGUCAUCAGAAAGCAGAAAUCUCUGCUUUCAAGCCGUGGAAAUUACAUGGCCAAUAAGGAAAAUGCUGGCUUUUCCUCUUAUUUGCAGACCUGAAUAUUUCAAAUAAUACAUUGAUCACGAGGASUCUGGCUGCCACUUUGAUAGAAAAGGUACUAAUUGCUUUAUUUUAAAAUCUACUGGGAGUUCCUCAAAGCAUAUGUUUUAACAACUAUAGCAUACAUCCUAAAUGCCUAAWUAAAUAAACAAAUGGUAUUUUAAAUGUUGUGAUUGAAAGUUUUAAAUUUUGAGAUUUGAAAUUAGACAACUGAAUCCAUUGAUCAGCAGAUGUUUUAAUCCUGUAAACAUGAGUCAUGUGCUUCAUGCAUACAAAUGCUUUUUAAUUUGAUGGAGCUACUCAGAUGAGUAGAUGACGUGGAUAAAASUGUUAAUGGGACUUCUGUAUGUGUUGGUCACCUAAAACUCUUUGGAAGUUCAAAGUGUUUCCAGCUUUGAAAAUWAAACCAGCUAUUCAGUGCCUACACACGGAUUUAGAUGCCUAAAUUUUGGCUCCCUCGUUUAAACCUUUUUAUUUAAGCGUUUUCCUACAGUUAUUAUAAUAUAGAUGUUCRAAUGAAUCACUCGUAUUAUGUCUCUUAUUAUGUGAGAGAAAGAUGAAAUCUUUCUAACUUCACGAUCUCUGACUUUUCUUAGUUUGUAUUAAUGUUAUUUAAAAUAGUUUCUUGUAUGUAGCAUUGCGGGAAAUAUUAUUAAAUUGUUUAAAAUGGAAUUGAUGU